AUGAGCAACCGUGUUGUAGAUGUGAACUCCAAAAAAACAGGAACGUCAUGGAAGAAAAAGUUAAUGAAGAUAGUUAUUUGGAGCCUAGCCAUGUUAUCGUUUAUUGCUGGAUUAGUGUUAUUGGGACUUGUUGCAGCAGCCACUAUUAGCGGAUCAAAAAAUUUGCCAACUGCAGAAUACAAGUGGGCCGGGUGUGAAAAUCUUGGGAAAUGUCAAAUUGACGGAUUUUCGACCCCGCCUCUAGUCAUAUUAAGUUUUGAUGGAUUUGCGAAAGAAUAUUUAGAAAGAAGAAUAGUAAAAUCGUUGGAAUUGAUAGCAGAAUGUGGAGUGAAAGCCGAUAGGGUAUAUCCAUCAUUUCCAUCAAAAACUUUUCCAAAUCAUUACACAAUGGUAACUGGUUUAUAUCCUGAAUCACAUGGAAUCACUGACAAUUACGUGUUUGAUCCUAAUUUGUACCCAGAACUACUCGCUAUGAGAAAACAUGAAGCCAAAGAGUUUUAUCAAGCUGAGCCCAUUUGGUCGGCAUACAAAAGAUUAACUGGAAACCGUGUUCAUUGCCUUUUCUGGGUCGGGUGUUAUUAUAAUAUUACGGGGUAUAUGCCAGAUGUAUCUCCUGAUUAUAAUCAAGAGUUACCAUUAAAAGAAAGAAUUGAUACAUUAAUUGGAUGGCUCAAACUCCCAGAAACUGAACGCCCUGCACUUAUAACUGCUUAUCUUCACGAACCAGAUCAAGCUGGCCACAUGCAGAAAAAUGUCAAUCAAGAGCUUGAAGAAGUAAAUAAUUAUAUUGAUAUUCUGAUGAAAGCUUUACAUGACGAAAAUCUACUUGAAUGUGUAAAUUUAGUUAUUGUAUCUGAUCAUGGAAUGCAAGCUUUGAAUAAUUCAAUCGAAGUUGAAACAAUUGUAAAUAUGGAUGGAUUAGUUUUAUCAAAAGGCGUUGUUGCAAGAAUACAUCUAAAUGAAACCGAUAGAUCAAUAGAUGAAGUAGCUGGCGAAAUAAGAUGUAAAAUUGAUGGAGUAAAAGUGAAUACAAUUAAUGACAUACCUUUACGGAAGCAUUACUCAAAAUCAAAACGUGUUGGCGAUAUUAUUAUUGAAGGGAAACCAGGAACUUCGUUUUACAAAAGUGAAACCAACCUAGGAGACCAUGGAUACGACUAUCAUAAUGAAAAUAUGCAUACUGUAAUGUUUGCCCGCGGACCAUCUUUUCUACAAAAUGUCACAGUUCCUUCGUUUCAAAAUGUUCAAUAUAUGAAUUUGUGGCUCUAUUUGCUUGGUUUAGAAGGAACAGUGGACAAUAAUGGCACAAUUGGAUUUUUCGAUAGCAUUUUGAAAAACCCACCAAUUAGAGAAAAUAAAUGGGAUUCUAUGGAGGAAUGUCUAAAUUUUGGAUCAGCAGAAGUUCUUCAGUGUGAUAAAGCCGAGGGGCACGAUUUGAAGAAGCUUUCUCUUCAUUUGGAAAAUUGCAAAGAACACCAAAAUCUCCCGAUUUACUCGAAAAAUAACUGCUUUCAAAGUUAUUGUGAGAAUUCACUUAUCAUUCAUAAAAAUCGUCAAGAUGUUCGCAAGGGUGUGAUCGAAUCUUUAACAUUCAGCUUCUCCAGAAACCAGAGUGUUUUUGAAAAUUCAUUUAGUUUUGUAAACACUAAAUAUUCAAUUGAAUGUCCUAAACUUGACACCAAAGAUAAUUUCUUCACUGCUGGAUCAGAAGCAAUUAGUAAACUAGCCAAUGCUCAAUACAAAUUCCCAUCUUCUUUUAUGAAAAGUGAGUUAAUUUCCAGUUUACUUUCUUUGAAAGAUGAAACCAUCAAGUUUGUAGAUAUUUGGGUGCCUCUUUCAAUAAAAACAGAUGAAUACCUAAAACAUUAUGGAAAACUAUUUGUACUAUCUGGACUAGCGGUUGAUAGAAAUUUAGAUGGAAUAGCGGACGAUGAAGAAUCAAAAGAGCCAACUCAUUUCUACCGUAUUCUGAUUACAUGUACCGGAAAUUGGCUGUCUACAAAUCCACCAUUAUGCAAAAAGUAUAGUGACACGAAAGCACUAGCUUUCGUUUUUCCUAUUUUGAACAAAAAAACAACAAUGGAUUGUAUGGAUUCUGAUGCCAUUCUUCUUGAUUACACAUCAACUAUCGAAGAUGUAGAAAACAUUGCUAGUUUUCAAUUUCAAAUUGGAGCAUUAAGUCACCAACAAAACGUGUAUCUUCGCAGAAAUAUAACAACAUCACUUUGGUAAACGAGUUCCAUAUCAGAUUAUUUUCAUUGUUCAAUAAAAAUAUUAAUA